CAAUCAUGGCGAGCACGUCGAGGUCUGUUUUCUAUUUAUUAUUAUUAAUUCUGUUUUUUAAAGUUUAAACAAUUAAAACCUGAUUAAUGUGUGUAACAAACAUGAGUUUACGAUUGAAGCGAAUAAAGUGGUGUGCUAUGCUCAUCCAGAUGCACCGCUUAUUGAGGAUUACAGAGCGGGUGACAUGAUCUGCUCAGAAUGCGGGCUCGUGGUUGGCGACAGAGUAAUUGACGUGGGUUCAGAGUGGCGUACCUUCAGUAACGAGAAGUCAGGAGUUGACCCGUCCCGUGUGGGUGGCCCAGAAAACCCUCUUCUAUCUGGUGGAGAUCUAUCCACCAUCAUCGGUCCUGGCCGUGGAGAUGCCUCCUUCGACAGCUUCGGCGUGUCCAAGUACCAGAAUAGAAGGAACAUAAGCAGCACAGACAGAGCUCUAAUCAAUGCGUUCAGGGAAAUAAAUACAAUGGCCGACAGGAUCAACUUACCUAAAACUAUUGUGGACAGAGCUAACAAUUUGUUCAAACAGGUGCACGACGGCAAGAACCUGAAAGGGCGCGCCAACGACGCGAUCGCGUCCGCCUGCCUCUACAUCGCGUGCCGCCAGGAGGGCGUGCCGCGCACCUUCAAGGAGAUCUGCGCCGUCAGCAAAAUCAGCAAGAAGGAAAUUGGAAGGUGCUUCAAACUGAUCCUCAAAGCGCUCGAAACAUCCGUGGACCUGAUCACGACGGCGGACUUCAUGAGCCGCUUCUGCGCCAACCUGGGCCUGCCCAACUCCGUGCAGCGCGCGGCCACGCACAUCGCGAGGAAAGCCGGGGAACUGGACAUAGUGUCGGGCAGGAGCCCCAUCUCGGUGGCCGCUGCUGCUAUUUACAUGGCGUCACAGGCGUCAGAAGACAAGCGCAGUCAGAAGGAGAUCGGUGACAUCGCAGGAGUGGCCGACGUCACAAUCCGACAAUCAUACAAGCUCAUGUACCCAUUCGCGGCCAAACUGUUCCCAGAGGACUUCAAGUUCGCGACGCCCAUCGAGUUCCUGCCACAGAUGUGAUACGGCUACGCAGAGAAUGCGCGUCAGCGACUAAAAAUUGUAAUAAAAAAAACUACUUUGAAACGUGCGUCGGAUUCCUGUCCCUACAGUCUUCAUAUUCAGAUAUAGAUCCGUAAAUUAUAAAUUGUACUCGUGUACUACUACUUUUGUAAGUUAGCUGAUGUACUUGCACAGAAAUCUUAUAUUCGAAUGGCGCGGAAAUAUCUCGGCCAAUCAUAGUGCGCCUUCGCUCGCUAUUGGUUGUUUUCUACGCGCCAUGUUCGAAACCCGCUGCGUUGCAGGGUCUCUUUCUCGUUCGUGUUUCAAAUCUUAACGUCAAGCUACAAGGUCUGUAUUUUACUGGUUUUCAUAUUCGGGUUUAGUCGCUCUUUUCUGCGCGAAUAGGGUAUUUUACCCUUUUUUGAAAAGUGUAUUUGAUCCUAAUAGAUAAUAAACUACAAAAAAAAUCACAAAAAAUUUAUUCGAUCGAUAAAUGCAAUAAAGAUUUAAACCUCGCGAAAUUCUAACUGCCAUUUUGUUUAGGUUCAUCAGCUGUCAUAAUGUCACACAGAUAGGAAAAAAACGGAAUUCUCUUAGUGAAAUACAUUACAAGUACAACUACUGUCCAUGUGACGUCACAGUCGAAAUUCAUCGUGGCGGCUGCAGGUUCGUGCGUUUCGAAUAUUUGUAGAAAAAAAAGUGAAAUCCUUAAGAUGAAUCAUAAAAUUCUUUAUUUUUGUUGACUUAUUUUUCGAUUGCUUAUUGCUAAUACUAACUUGUUUAUACGUACAUUUUUUGAUUUUUUUCUCGCUUGGUGUAAUUUUUUUUUUAUUUUGUCGAUGUGACAUAAAAGUGAUAGGCGCGCGUUCUGUUGACGUAUCUUGAAGUAACACGUAUUGUGUAUCGUUUCCACGCGCUGCGAUUGCCCUUGUUGAAGAAAUACCCUUCCGGCAUGUAAAACUUAAUACCUUUAAAGCAAAAGUGAAUAGGUAAGCGUUGUUCCAACGUAGACCUCAUCGUUGCACUGUUUUCCAGGCAUGAAUCUUCCAAUUUAAAAAAAAAAAAGAUCUCCGAAGACAAGCGCAGUCAGGAUAUCGGUGACGUAGCGGGCGUGGCUGACGUCACAAUCCCACACAUUCAUAUAAUAUCUUGUGACACUAAACGAAUUGAAAAUGGCGGUUAUAAUCAUCCUCUCUCACUUGUACACAUUAUACCUGUGUAGUGUGUGAGUGAGACGGCAUGAUAAGCGCCGUUAAGUGUACCGCAAAUCUGACUCGCGUACGCGCGCUUUCUGUGUGAUGGCUUGUCGUGCAGUCGCGUUUUUAAUAUAUUUCAGGCUUUAGUGUGUAAUGACUUUAACAUUGGGCCAAUUUGUUAUGCACCCGUCAAUCUGUUCUACGGUCAAAUGUUAGUAUUAAGUAGUUUAAGAUACCAUUCUAAGUUAAGAUUUUUCUCCUCAAAAUGCAUGUUUAUCUUAUCAUCUGUACUGAAUUUUCAUUACAGUUUAUUGGAAUUAUAAAGGAGAUUGCACAUAGAGCUAAAGCCAAUCAUAAAAUAUUGACUGACUCUCAGUUUUUACUACUGUAUUGACAAUGCUAGUGACAUGCAUGCGUCAUGGCAUUUAAAUUAUCAUUCUUCAGUUUUUUUUAAAUACGUAUUAUAAAAAUAAUACAAGAUGUAACCAGAACGCUAGCAAAAACUUAGGGUUAUUAUUAUACUACCUAAACACAAUCAUAUGACAAUAACCACUUGCCUUAUCUUGUAAUUUUAGUGGUUUAGUAUUUUUCAAACCCGCAAUGUACAGCGUUCAAAACUCAGGUCAAUGCCUCACCUUCGACGCGGCAUUGACCCCGAGUGGCCUGUUUACGCAAAGUUCGUUGACCUCUUGCGUCAGUCAAGUGUUUUAUUUGCAAUAUAUUGUGAACUUUUAAACAAUACAGGAUUUU